CUUAAUAAUUUUUUUUUUUGAAUAUAGUAACGCUUAGUAAUUCAAUAAAGCUAAAACGCCAUUUUAAAAGUUGUCUGUGUUCCAUAAGGUAGACCAUCAAAAUUUAUUUUCGUUCUAGGUUGUCCGAGUUAACUCACAAAAAGUAGGACUCAGAUUGACUCGACCGAGUGGCGCAUUUGAGUGAAAAAACUCAGAUUGUACUCUCCUUUGCCAUCACUGUCACUUCUCACUUCUCACUUCUCACUUCUCACUUCUCAGGUACGAGGUGCGAAUGAGCUACAGAGUCAACUCUCUACAUUGACAUUAUAUAUCUACCACUAUGUUCCAGAACAAGACGAGAUUAAUUUUAAAUGCAAUCCAUGGGUGAAUGAAUAGUACUUCACUAUAUUUGCAGAACAUGACGGAGCUCUUUGGUUACACUGCUUGCAGACAACUAUCUCAGUUUAUACUGGCUAUAAUUUUUUUUCAUGUUUCCGAGUAUUUUCUAGCCGUCUACAUCCACGGAAGAACAAAUGUGACCAUGCGAUCUCUUUUGAUAAGCAAAAAUUACAUUGUGGCUAUGAUAUGUUCAGUUCUUGAGUACUGUCUUGAAAUCACCUUCUUCCCUGGACUGAAAGAGUAUUGGUGGAUAAGCAACUUAGGACUUGCUAUGGUUGUCAUCGGGGAAAUUAUACGCAAAGUGGCUAUGAUAACAGCCGGCCGUGCCUUCACACAUCUGAUCAAAAUCCAUCACGAGGAGCAUCACACCUUAGUAACUCACGGCAUUUAUCAAUUCAUGAGGCAUCCGGGUUAUUGUGGCUUUUUCAUCUGGUCAGUUGGCACUCAGAUAAUGCUGUUGAAUCCCAUUUGUACCCCUGCAUUUGCAGUGGUCGUUUGGAAGUUCUUUGCUGGAAGAGUACCAUAUGAAGAGUUCUUCCUGAGACGGUUUUUCGAAAAUGAGUAUGACGAUUAUGCACAGAGGGUUCCGUCUGGUAUACCGUUUGUGAAGUGAAUAUCAUUCCAUAUUCGUCAUCGACAGGAUUUGCUUAGAAUCAGGCGCAACAGGUGCGUAAUGUGCUGCUGCGAAGAUGGCACGUGGUGUCAUUCAUCGGCGCGUGAUGGAGAGGAACCACGGCAUGUAAUCUGGUGUAGUAGGUGCGCCAUGAACAUCGAUCGGCGCACCUUGUGCCAGCAACUCCAGUCUACCAUCCCAACGAACGAUGUGACGCCAGUUGAUGUCCAUCUAGUUUGUCGUACCCUGAUUUUUGCGCGAAAUCUGCUGCAGCUGGGUUUAGUGUCACAAGGCGGUGGAAUGCCCUAUACCAACCCAUAUUGGUGCAGUACGCGCUCUGGUAGAUGUACUUCGACAAUGUCGAAGCAUAUGAGUGGCACAAAAGCCCUCCACGCACCUGAAUGAAUCCUAAGUAUUCGAGUACAGCUGCGUAGGCUUCCGCAGGGUAUGAGUCCCACAAAAACUAAAAUACAUGUUAUGGAAAUGUAAGUGAUAUGUUAAUUAAAUUGUACUAAUGUUAAUGGGUAUUGAAAUAUUUACCUAGUUGGGUCGUAGCAGGUCUAACUGAUCUCGGUAGAAUCCGAGACCGGUGCUGGUGUGCUUGCGCGUCCGGCGUGCAAAAUUCCACCUUGAACCGUACACAGCAUCUGGUGGAGGUUGUGGUGGAGGAGUAGUAUCACCACGACCAACGGUUCUGUAAGGUUGGCCGAUAAGAAUAUGCUCCCACGCCCACAGCUGAACAUUGGAAUUGUAAUUAGUAUGUAAUUCAACUACAACGGAUUAAAAUUAAAUGUUUUUUUUAUUACCUGUAAUAUGAAUACUGGCCCCGCAAUCUCCUUGACGUUCUUGUGGGCAGCACCACAUAGCCUCCUAUACAGGUAUCCAAGGGCUGCGGAGCCCCAGCUAUACUCGGCGAUGUGCUCCCAUGGGUCGUCAAGUAAAGUUAAGUAAAGGAGCUGUAUCUGGUUGUUUGUUUUAUUGGAAAACAACGUACCUCAAAAUAGUGCCUUCAUCAGCAUCUUCGGGGAGACGCGAGAAGGUCUGAACUAACCACGUGCAGUGCAAACCGCUCCCCUUGAUCACUUCCGGUGGAGGGCGCUCUCCCAAGAGGGAAUUUGGGUGAACUUUGAAUGCUCCCACAUAGCAUCUAUAGCCUCAUCAUCCUCAACGGAAAAGGCAAGCAAUUCUCCACUCAUGUCAAUUUAAAGCUUAUAUUUACGGUACUUCUAGUAGGGUCUAAUCCAAUCUUAAAACAUAUAAAACGUUUAAAGUGGUUCAAAUCAAUGUUCGAAUUACAUGCAAACAACUUACGUCUUCCCCCAACAUAAUGAACUUUGCCACUACUUUCUCAAAUACAACUCUUCCAAAAACACACUACAGUCACGCGAAAUGAUGCCAUUUUCUACAUUAAUUCAAAGAAAAUCAACAUCAUCAACUUCAUGCCCAUACAAUUACAUUAUAUUCAUUUGAUUAUAAUCUUUUUUGGUCUAAAAAUUAUUAAAAUCCAUAAUGUAACUAAGUUCAUACAUAUAUAAUACACAUACAAUCUAAAUAAUAAAUCAAUUCAUAAGUUCAUAAAUAAUAUUUCUAAUAUCAACAUCAACAUUAACAUUUCUAAUAAUACUAACAACAUUGAAUUCAACUAAUUCAACAUUACUUCAAAAAACAACAUAAAGCUAUAAAAACAAUUAAAAAUUACUUUCAAUACUUAUGGAUAAUUAAGAAGAGUCUUGAUUUAAUGACUAGUAACUAGUAACCUACAUUUGAAAAAAUAAGCAAAUUUGAUUAUAACCCUAAAAAACUACAUAUACGCCAAAAAAACACAAACAAGUUUACCUUUGAGCAAGCUAGAGUAUCCCACACUAAUUUUGAAGUGCCACAUUGAAAGAGGAAUGCAAGAAUUGAUGGAUUGAAUCUAUGGUUUUAGAGGGAGAAUGUCGAGUGUGAAGGUAGGGUUUUGAAAAAUGGGGGAAAAUGGAAAAAAAGGAAGCUGAUCCGCGUUUUUGUGCAGCAUAGCUGUUCGCAGUUACUAUCUGCGAACAGCUCCAAACCUCAGGUUUGGGAUUUUUACGCUUUUGGAAUAUUUUUGAAACUUGGUUUAUUUGGUUUAUUUUUUUGAUUUUUUCACUUAUACAUUUCAAAUUUUCGCUUUUGAUACUAUGUCAAGAAAUAAAAUCAACCAAAAACUUAAGUUUAUGGUUAAAGCCCUAAGAUAUAUCGUAUCAUUCACCAUUGGCAGGAAUAUGCGUAAGAUCAAGACUCAUGAAAUGAAUAAAUGAACAGAUUAUAUACAGAGAUUAAGAAAGUAUACUGAAAAUAACAUGAACAAACACAUGAAAUGGAGUCUCAAUCAAUUUUUUCAACAAGCUAAUUUUGUGCUUGAUUCGAUUAAAUUGUUUACAUUUUACAAGAAACUACCAAGGAUCUGAAAAACAUACUUAUGUCUUUCUGUACAUUGCACAAAAUUAAAAAAAUAGCAGAAUCGUUUGAAUUGUGUGGAUGAUAUUGAUAGAGAGUCGAAAUGGGCGAGUAAAAAUAUGGUAGACAUCUCUUAGGGAUAAAGCGAGAGUAGAGAUCAAGCAGUAAGCGCAAAACAAGAAAUUUAUGGUGAUUGGGGACCAAAAGUUAUUCCAAUAUACAUGGGAUCAUUAUGCAUGGGCGGAGUGGAGGUUAGGUGUUCCGUCUGCACGACUAUAUGCAGAUGACGCCCGAAACCCGUCAACACUAGUCCUAGCAGGAUCAGCACCAUCACCAAACUGUUUGCUCUCAUUCUGUUAGCUAAAUUCAGCAUAAAUUGAGAAGAUUGUUAUUUUUAAUUCACCAACUUGAUAUAUAUUGAAAAUAAAUUUAAUUCUAUUAUCUAAUUAUCUAAUAUCUAUAUAUAUUUUAACUAUAUGAAAUAUGAAUCAUGAUAUGUUGCUGUUAAUGUUAUUGAACAAUUCUAACACUUUACACGACGUAUUUGGUCAUGGUGCCAUACACGGCGUGCAUGAUGACAUCCACCACUAUUUCGCUGGAACAUUUGGGUUAAUUGUGUGCUCCUCCACGUACUUCCGAGAAAAAUUAUCACUGACGAUUUGAUAUAAUUAGUUUGUUUCUCUAAUCGAUUAUGUUAAAAUUAUAAUUGAUCACUCUAAUACUAUAAAAAGUGAUCACUUUAAAAUUAUUAGAUUGUAAUUAAUCAUUUUAAGUUUAUAAGUGAUUACUUUUAGACAGUAAGUAUACAUUGAGACAACCCAAUACAAAUAGUCUCACCGUAAGAUUGUUUCAUUUGAGAAUUUGUGAAAUAUUUUUCAUUUUGAUAAUUUAAUUAAUUAGGAUGUAAUCUUUAUAAAGAGUAUAUAUUAAAACGAGAUUAACUUUUUAAAAUAUCUUAAUUUAAUGACUACAUUUUUUUAUAAAUAUAUCUAUAAAUAUUUAUUUAUUAGAUUAGUCCUUAAAUUUCAACCAUUAUCUUAAUUAUUUGUGUAUGAUUGAACCCUAGAGUAUACACUGUAUACUCUAUAAAAUAGUAAAAUCAUAUUAGCUACACAUACAAAUAGUAUUUCCUCCGUUCUGAAAUACUUGCUAUUGAUGGUGACAUUUUCAGUAGAGAAAAUGUCAUUAUCAAUAGCAAGUAUAAUGGAACAAAGCAAGUACAAUCACAAAACCAUACAUGAUACAUAUACAAUAGUACAACCAUAAGUCCAAAUUCAUCAUAGCCAGAAAACCUAAAAGAAAGACCUAGAAUAAUUCAAUUUUUUCAUGAUUUUUUUACAAUAAUUCUACCUAUUGAUUAACGAUGAAUAAUUUCAGCUUUGGAGGGUAUUUCCUAGAGUAAACCUCGUAACCAGAUGACUUGUUAUAUCAAGUUUUAUUUAAAAAAAUGAUAAAUUAAAAUAAAAUGUAAAAAAAUGUUUUUAAAAAUUCUGAUUUUUUUAAUUCUUCAGAAUUUUUUUUGUAAAUUUUUAAAAUUUUUCCCUAAUUUUAUAAUAAUUUUCAGUUUAAUAUUUUGGUGAAUAACCUACUAUAGUAGAUCAUCGGAUUACUCAAGUUUAUUCUAGGCAAAUACUCCUUGAAAUUAGAAUUAUCUAUGGUUAAUCAAUAGGUGAAAUUAUUAUAGGAAAAUCAUAAAAAAAAUUGAAUUAUUCUAGGUAAUUUUCAAAAAUAUAUAAAAUGUAACACCAUACAUGGCUAGACAAUUAAGAGGUUUAAUUCGGCGAUGAUAAUGGAGAUAAUGGAGAUAUUGGAGGGUUUGGAAUUGGUGGAGGUGAUGGACGCGGAACCAUUGGUGGAUCAAAUGCGCCUAAGGCGGCUAACCUUCGGUGCAGGCGCAGUCGAAUCACAUAUUGAUUAUCAUUUUUCGAUGAUUCGACCAUACCAAACAAUAAUGCAAUGCUUAAAAGAAUCACUACCAUCAGCUUCAAACAUGAUACAUGAUUUUGAACCCUCAUUUUCCUAUUCUCUUUUUUGUUACUUACUUUGAUUUUUUAAUAAUAUUAAAGAAUAUAUAAUUAAUCACUUAAUUUUUUGCUUAAUGGUGCAAUUUGAAAGUUAUAUUUAUAGGCAAUGUAAGGGUAUAUGUCAAAUUAAAUUGCUUAAUUCUAUGUUUAGUAGUAUAGCCAUUUCAUUUACCAAUUAUACAUGUCAGCAAGUGACAUGUUCUUUCUUAGACUCAAAGUAAAUACUUUUACUUGGUCAAUUUUAAGCGUUAUUUAUUUUGUAUUAAAAAAUAUUGAAUAUAAAAAACCUUAUUAACUACGAACUGUCUACGGAUUAGUAAUCACUUAGUUAUUUUUAUCAUCUC